UACUCUACCAUCUUCGCACUCUCUCUCUAUUCCUACUAGAAUAAGAAUAUUCAUUCCUCAGCGAUGACCGUCGCCACCGUAGCCACAACCCACACCAAGAAGCUAAUGAAGUUCGGUCUCUCACUUUUCCGGAGAGGCUUCAAUGCUUCCAAAUGUAAAACAGCUGCUAAAAUGGCGGUGGCUAGGAUAAAGCUGCUCAAGAAUAAGAGACAGGUGGUGGUCAAGCAGAUGAGGCGUGACAUUGCGUUGCUCCUCCAGUCCGGUCAAGACGCCACCGCUCGCAUUAGGGUUGAACAUGUGAUGAGAGAGCAGAAUGUAUUGGCUGCAAACGAGUUCAUUGAACUCUUCUGUGAGUUGAUUGUGUCAAGACUUUCAAUAAUUGCAAAGCAAAGAGAAUGCCCAGCUGACCUGAAAGAAGGCAUUGCUAGUUUAAUAUUCGCUGCUCCAAGGUGCUCAGAAAUUCCAGAACUUGUAGCAAUCAGGGAUGCUUUUGAGAAGAAGUAUGGAAAGGAUUUUGUAUCUGCUGCUACUGAUCUGCGGCCCAGCUGCGGUGUUAAUCGAAUGCUCAUUGACAAGCUCUCUGUUAGAACUCCCACUGGGGAAUCCAAAUUGAAGAUCUUGAAGGAAAUAGCCAAGGAAUACCAGAUAGAAUGGGACACAACAGAAACCGAACAGGAACUUCUCAAGCCUCCGGAAGAGCUUAUAGAAGGACCACGCAGUUUUGUUAGUGCUACAAGCUUCCCUGUGACGCCUGUGCCAAACCAAUCUGUUGAGCUUAACAAGUCAACUACAAGCUCUUCUUUACCGAGGAGGGCAACAAUUGGUGACAGCAACUGUGGUGGUGGCGGCAUGCGUUUUGAGGACUCAGCCUCUGCUGCUAAAGAAGCUGCAAAAUGCGCUAAUGAAGCAAUUGCUGCUGCAAAUGCUGCUGCUUUUCUUGCCAACAAAGACCCGAAUCCUGCAUCUUAUCAGGCGCCAUCUUUUGGUCAGAAGCCUUCAAGCGUCAACAUUGGAUAUCAAACCACCUCCGGUGCAUCUUCCACUGAUCGAUUCAUUCCAGAUGGCCCGCCUUCCCCGAUCAACUCUCAAUACAUGGAUAAUCAAUACAGAAAAACUUCAGGGACUAGGAUACAUGCGUCUCAGAGUUUUGAUGGGUCUGAUUCUCAUUAUGCAAGCAAUGAGGAUACAGGCCAUAACGACAAAUACAACAUGGAUAAUCAAUACAAAUCUUCAGGAGCUAGGACAUAUGUGUCUCAGAGAUGUAAUGGGCCUGAUUCUUCUCAUUAUCCAAGCAAUAAUAACGACACAUGCUUUGACAACAACAACAACAUGGACAGUAGAAAAAUGUACAGGAGGCAUACCUACAAUGCUCCAUCUGCACAUUCAGGCAUAAAGUUUGACCAAUCAGACAGUGAUGAAGAAUUCGAAGAGGAGGAGACACCGCAUGGUGGUGGUGGCGGCGGCUUUGGUAUUCUGCCACCUGGCAGGCUCCCACCUCCAGUGCCAUCAUCACAAGUGCAGAGGCAGGAUUCAGCUCAUGCUGUCCAUCCAAAACUGCCGGAUUAUGAUGCACUUGCUGCUCGUUUUGAAGCUCUCAAGCAUCAUCGCAAAUCUCUACCUUGACCUUUUUGUCCAUCUGUUUCCUUUGGCUCUUAUAUUAUAAAUAUAUACGUAUAUGAUAUGAUACACUAUACAUGGACGAUGAAUGAUGUCAUUUGGUCAUAGUAGUAGAUAUUUCUAAAUAAUGCAUAUAGGAGAAGUUAUAUUUCUUUUUUUUGUUGUUGGGUAUACUCAAAACUACAAUUUCCUAGGAAGAAAGUACUUAUAAUUCUUAUUCUUUUGUCAAAGCUGGUUUUUUUUAUUGUAAUGCAAAGAUCUGGAAAAGAAAAGCGGUGUGGUUGAAUAGAUAAUAUGAAAACAUUAUUAAUACGUAUUCUGUUUUUGUGUAUGA